AUGUCUGCCCGCGGCCCGGCUAUCGGCAUCGACCUGGGCACCACCUACUCGUGCGUGGGGGUCUUCCAACAUGGCAAGGUGGAGAUCAUCGCCAACGACCAGGGCAACCGCACCACCCCCAGCUACGUGGCCUUCACCGACACCGAGCGCCUCAUCGGCGACGCCGCCAAGAACCAGGUGGCCAUGAAUCCCACCAACACCAUCUUCGACGCCAAGAGGCUGAUCGGACGGAAGUUCGAGGACUCCACGGUGCAGUCGGACAUGAAACAUUGGCCGUUCAGGGUGGUGAGCGAGGGAGGAAAGCCCAAAGUGCAGGUGGAGUACAAGGGAGAGAUCAAGACCUUCUUCCCGGAGGAGAUUUCCUCCAUGGUCCUCACUAAGAUGAAGGAGAUCGCCGAAGCCUACCUGGGAGGCAAGGUGCAGAGCGCGGUCAUCACGGUCCCGGCCUAUUUCAAUGACUCGCAGCGCCAGGCCACCAAGGACGCGGGCACCAUCACGGGCCUCAACGUGCUGCGCAUCAUUAACGAGCCCACCGCGGCGGCCAUUGCCUACGGCCUGGACAAGAAGGGCUGCGCCGGCGGCGAGAAGAACGUGCUCAUCUUUGACCUGGGCGGCGGCACCUUCGACGUGUCCAUCCUGACCAUCGAGGACGGCAUCUUCGAAGUGAAGUCCACGGCCGGCGACACCCACCUGGGCGGCGAGGACUUCGACAACCGCAUGGUGAGCCACCUGGCGGAGGAGUUCAAGCGCAAGCACAAGAAGGACAUUGGGCCCAACAAGCGCGCUGUGCGGCGACUGCGUACCGCCUGCGAGCGCGCCAAGCGCACCUUGAGCUCGUCUACGCAGGCGAGCAUUGAGAUCGACUCGCUGUACGAGGGCGUGGACUUCUACACGUCCAUCACCCGCGCCCGCUUCGAGGAGCUCAACGCUGACCUGUUCCGCGGAACCCUGGAGCCGGUGGAGAAGGCGCUGCGUGACGCCAAGCUAGACAAAGGCCAGAUCCAGGAGAUCGUGCUGGUGGGCGGCUCCACCCGCAUCCCCAAGAUCCAGAAGCUGCUGCAGGAUUUCUUCAACGGCAAGGAGCUGAACAAGAGCAUCAACCCCGACGAGGCGGUGGCCUACGGGGCCGCGGUGCAAGCGGCCAUUCUCAUCGGGGAUAAGUCAGAGAACGUGCAGGACCUCCUGCUGCUCGACGUGACCCCGUUGUCGCUGGGCAUUGAGACGGCUGGCGGCGUCAUGACCCCGCUCAUCAAGAGAAACACCACGAUCCCUACCAAGCAGACGCAGACCUUCACCACCUACUCUGACAACCAGAGCAGCGUGCUGGUGCAGGUGUACGAGGGCGAACGGGCCAUGACCAAGGACAAUAACCUGCUGGGCAAGUUCGACCUGACCGGGAUUCCCCCGGCGCCCCGCGGGGUCCCCCAGAUCGAGGUAACCUUCGACAUCGACGCCAACGGCAUCCUCAACGUCACCGCCGCUGAUAAGAGCACCGGUAAAGAAAACAAAAUCACCAUUACCAACGACAAGGGUCGUCUGAGCAAGGACGACAUUGACCGGAUGGUGCAGGAAGCGGAGCGGUACAAGUCGGAAGAUGAGGCCAAUCGUGACCGGGUCGCCGCCAAAAAUGCGGUAGAGUCCUAUACCUACAACAUCAAGCAGACGGUGGAAGACGAGAAACUGAGGGGCAAGAUUAGCGAGCAGGACAAAAACAAGAUCCUCGACAAGUGCCAGGAGGUGAUCAACUGGCUCGACCGAAACCAGAUGGCGGAGAAAGAUGAGUAUGAACACAAGCAGAAAGAGCUCGAAAGAGUGUGCAACCCCAUCAUCAGCAAACUUUACCAAGGCGGUCCUGGCGGCGGCGGUUCUGGAGCCUCCGGGGGACCGACCAUCGAGGAAGUGGACUAA